AUGGCUGCUUCAUCUGAUGAUCCCGGUCCAAGUGGAGAGAGGCGCUUUGAGAUCAAGAAAUGGAGUGCAGUGGCCUUGUGGGCAUGGGAUAUCGUCGUGGACAAUUGUGCCAUUUGUCGAAACCACAUCAUGGACUUGUGCAUCGAGUGUCAGGCCAACCAAGGAUCCCACACGAGUGAGGAGUGCACAGUGGCUUGGGGGGUUUGCAAUCAUGCGUUCCACUUCCAUUGCAUCUCUCGGUGGCUCAAAACUCGGCAAGUGUGCCCUCUAGACAAUGGAGAGUGGGAGUUCCAAAAGUAUGGACGCUGA